AAAAAUUGACUAUUACUUGCUCAUCAGAGAAUAUCUUUGGGGAAGAGUGAUGUGGAAGUGGUGAAGUUGUGAAGAAGAUAAGAAGAGCAAAUAUGAGUGAUGAUAUGUUGCUAGAAGUUGAAGCAAAGGAUGAGGAGGAUGAAGAUGAAGAAGAUGAAGAGAUGACUAGUGCAGGAACUAGUGCUGAUAUUUCCAUUGCACAAGGGGGAAUGUCUGACAACAUUUCCCCUUUGACUGUUGGAGGAUAUGGCCUUGAAGAAGGCAUGUUGUUCCAGUACAUGGACAUUCAGGAGCCACUAACCACUCUACAGAGUUUGUUGGAACAUCGUUUUGGAUUGAGUCUAUCGGGCUCUGAGUUUUGGCUUCAAGAUUCUCAGAAGCUUGACCCACAUUCCACCCUGGUUGAACAAUGUGUUCAAGGGAAGGGCAUAGUUCAAGUCAAUGUGAAAAUCUGCUUUGAGGGUGGAGUCAAGAAGAUCAAUAUAUUGGAUGUCCUCAAGCCAGCUGAUGAAGGACCAAGUGAAGAGUAUGAGUUGCAGAAGGAUGAAGAAGACCCUGAUGAUGAUGCUGUCACAAGAUGGGUUUUGGAUCCCAAUUUUGUCCUGCACAUGGAGCAGCAAAAAAUGCCCCAAGAUCCUGAAUUCUGGAAGCCUAAUGAUGUUGUAUUCUGGCUUCGCUGGGCCAUAAAGAAAUUCCGUCUCCAGGGUGUAAAGCCCUCUGAUUGGCGUAUGAGUGGAAAAGAACUUUUGUCCUUGUCUCGAGAGGAGUUCAUGUCUCGAAUCCCUCAUGAUCCAGGGCACUAUUUCUGGACACACUUCGAGCUCCUCAAGCGAUUCCGUAUCAUUGCUGUGGUUGAGGGCGGAGCUGGACAUGAGGUGGAGUUGUGGGUUGGAGAAGAAGGGGAAUUUAAACUCCAUCAUCCAGACUUAGUUGCUCAACUUUGGGGGAGACGGAAAAACAAGCCAAAAAUGAACUACGAAAAGCUCAGCCGUGCGCUUAGGUACUACUAUGAUGGAGACAUGAUCUCAAAGGUGCAUGGGAAGCGGUUUGUCUAUCGAUUUGUGUGUGACUUACGUCAACUGAUUGGCUACAGUGCAGCUGAACUCAAUCGCCUUGUGACUGAAUGUGCAUUGAAGAAACAGUCUAAUGUGAAGAAAAAUGUGGACGGGUCAUGAAUUCAUGAAUUCUCUGUUGUGUUUCCCUUUUCAAAACAGCAAUUGGUAUGAAAUUCUGGGUGGAAUACAGGCAUGUGGGUGAACUCCCCAUUCUGGACUACACAAUUCUGUCUAACCCUUUCAUCCCAUUUGAAACAUGCCAAUAAAUCCAGUUUUUUAUGAAUUCAUGAAUA